AUGUCUUCAAAUAGAGUGUUAUCUACAUGGAAGCAAGUGGAGUUAUAUAAGGACUAUCAGAAGAAGCUGAGAGGCCAUGUUGGAGAGAAAAAGGCCAACUACAUAAUAAGUGAGGCUUUGUAUGUUAUAAGCAUGGGAACAAAUGACUUUCUUUCGAACUACUAUCUAAAUCCCAUUGUUCAAGCUAGAUACUCUAUUGACCAGUACCAAAAUUUUAUCAUCGGAAUAAUUGAAAAUUUGCUUAGGGAACUGCAUAAUCUCGGAGCUCGGAAAAUUGCCGUUGUAGGGCUUCCACCGAUGGGGUGUUUGCCAUUGGAGAGAAGUACGAAUAUAUUCAGAUUGAAAGGCGAUACGUGUGUGGAGAAAUACAACAUGGUGGCUAUGAGUUUCAAUUCCCAGCUGAAUACUUUGUUGCAAAAGCUGAACAAGGAAGUUCCUGGUAUUAGGUUGGUGUACGCAAAUUCUUAUGACCUUUUAUGGGACUACAUCCAUGAUCCUGCCAAAUACGGGUUUGAGAAUACAGGAAGGGCAUGUUGUGCCACUGGGAGGUUUGAGUUGAGCUUCUUAUGCAACGAACUCGAUCCAACAACAUGCCAAGAUGCAUCUAAGUUUGUGUUCUGGGAUUCUUUCCAUCCUACUGAGAAAACAAACCGUCUCAUCGCUGAAACUUUGGCUAAAACUGGAUUGAAACAGUUCUUUUGA